UGUUCCGGGGUUCUCUGGUUCUCUUGGUGGGGUUUUCCUGUCCACCUCUUACCACCAGAUGGCGACAGGUUCCGGUUGGAGUGCGGUGGUGUCAUCAGCCACAGCUGUCAUCAAUUACCCUCAUCAGCGGAGCAUACUUAAGGAGUUGACCGCCAGUCCUGCGUCGCCUGAGUGUUUGCCAGUCACGGUACCUCUGAGCCCCCUUGAGCCCUGUCUCUGUGUUCCUCGUUGCCUUGAGCCUUCUAGUGAUUCUCUUUGUGUUCCUCUGUUGCCUUCAGGUGAUCCCUUUGACACUCUGGACCCGUGGACCAGAGCCUGGCAGCUUUCCUGGUUUCAGAACCACCCUCGUGACGCCGUGGAAGAUACCCACUGGUUGCCCGAGUUCCCAGACUCACCUCUCCGUUGUUUUGCAAGUAUCUCCUGGACCCCACGGCUGGCGGUCGAACCACUCCGCUGUGUCUCCGUUGCACCCAAGCCUACCUGUCCGUUCUCCGCCGCACUCCUCCGUUUGUUCCUGGACCCACUAAGAGACCGAGACCCUGGACAUACUCAGUUACCCUCCAAGAUUCAGAUCCAACCACCACCAAUGAACCACUGCUGCCCAUUACCGUUGAUUCCCUGGACCAGACCACCUUCCCACACUCUGAUAAUUGUGUACCUUAAUAAAUCACUUAAACUGAUUCCUACUCUCCUGUCUUGUGUUCUGCAUGUGGGCUAGAAACCUUUAACCCAUCAUGACAGAACACUCAGGCCAACAAAUCAGCCCAGCAGACGCAAUCCGGAGAGCAUUAUCAGAACAACAAUCAUUAUUACAAACCCAUGAACAUGCCUUAAGAGAGCUAAGCAGAAUCCAAACCGAAACAAACCAACAGUUGUCUGAAUUAACCCGCUAUCUUCGAGGUCCCACCCCUCAGACUUCUC